AUGGCGGCUGGCAUUCCACGAAAUAAUGAAGAAACACAGCUGUUUUCGUGGGUUUGUAAAUGCGGUAUUUAAAAACACCUUGUUGAGUUAUGUUACCUGCUUACAGGUAAAUCCUUUUUACCCUUUUUGUCCUCUUAGGGAGCAAAUAGUCACGGACAGCUGUGUUUAGGACACACAGAUGAUGUUUUGAUUCCUGAAAGUUUCGACGAUUCUCCAGAAAAUACAUGUAAACCUAUAGAAGUAGCCUUAAUUGAAGGUGGUGGAGGCCAUACAGCAGUCAUAACAGGUUUCUAUAUUAAGUUUAUAUACCAUUUCAGAGACACAGAUUUUGUCUUGGUUAUUUGACACGAGCAUGCACUUCUAAAGUGAUAAUGAAUUGUUAAGCUAUUUGAAAGAACAGCAGUAUUGAAUGCAGGACUACGCUUAUUUCCUGAAUUGGCACACCUUGUUUUUCUCCUAAUUUUUGCAUGACCAUUUUUAAAUUUCUCUAGGGUAUUACAGUUGUCUCAAGAGAAACUAAUGACAAAUGCUCAUGCAAAAUGUUUCUAUGGGAGAAAAUGUGCACAAAUGGCAAAUCAGGCAAAUAACCAGAGUUGACACCCCCAACUGGCAUGACUGAUACAACUCACUUUGACUCUGAAGAUGACUAUCGUGCAGGUUGUUGAAGUGUGAAUCACUGUCAACAACAGGCCUAUUCAGGACUACGCUCACCCAGAUGAUCAUAUUCUACCUACCUAUUACAUGAGUCCAUGGUUAACUCAGUUUGCAAUAUUACUAUUUAUUAAUAUUUAACAAUUAUUCCUCAAGCCCGAAUGGGCUCUGAGUCAAUAGCCCAUGAGGCCAAAGGCCGAAUGGUUUACUGACUCAGAGGCAAUGAGGGCGAGAGGAAUAAUUGUUUAGUAAAAUCCAACUAGUUUUCAAAAAUAUGGAGAAUAAAAAAAAAUUAGCUAGUUAAAGCUAGACUUUAAUCCUUUUUUGCCGCCAAAAAGCCCGCGUUUUUCGCUAGUACUGGGCUAUAACAUAUAGUCUAGUGGCAGCUCAACCAAUCAGAAUGCAGCAUUGAUAGUAGACCACUAGUUGGAUUUUACCAAUGUGCAUUAUUCUUGAGUGAUAGUACAUAAUAGUAACCAGUAGGUCAUAGGUUCAACUCCUUUUGUGUACUCAAUUUUUUUCUUCAGAGCUGCCUAUGUCACUGACUGAAAAACAUCUUUCUCAUAGAUUAUGAUAAUUGCAUUUUCAAUAUAGUAAGUCAAAGUUUGUUCAUGUGUGGUUGGAACAAUAAAGGUCAGUUGGGUUUGGGUGAUACAGAAGACAGGGCUGUGCUGUGUCAUGUUCAGGGGCUUCCUCCUGUCACUCAAGUAUCUUGUGGAUGGAACCACACCUUAGCCAUCACAGGUAAAUCUUUGGAAAUACAGCCAAACUUCAUGUGUGGCUGUCAUAGGUAAUAAUUAAACUAAUUAAACUAAGGUAUAAAUAAACUAUAGGUAAUAAAUAAAAUAAUUAAACUAAGCAUAAAAUUUUUUAAAAUUCAGCCUGCAGCCAUAGAAUUGCUGAACCACUGUCCUUCAGAGAAGAAAACAAAAUUAAUAUGAGUAAUCCUCCUGCUCCCCUCCAUGAUAAGUUGUUUUUUUUUUUACAGGUAGCUCACUGCAAUAUCGCUUAAAAGAGAUGGGGGUAGAGAAAGGUUCAUUUUACCCUUUUGAAAUCAGCAAAAUGUCAGAAAGUCCUUUUAGGAAUGUAAUUUUGGCAUACAAAAUUUCCACCUCAUCCAAACAGCAGUCACCUGUCUAGAGUGACACCCCUCAAAAGCAGUCGCCUUUCUAAAAUGCCAAAAUGAAUUUUACUGGUCAAAUUAUUUUGUACUUCAUCUUUUUGCAACCACCUGCCAUGAGUCACCACCAAAAUCUUGCCAGUUUGGGCAUUUCACCUAUGGUAUGCUUUACUGUACGCCAAUGGUUGAUAGUUGGAAUAACCUUUUGUGUCCCUCAGUUGUUUUAAUAUGGAGACAUAAGACAGUUUUUCGGUUUUUUAUUCUAUGAACCACUUUAAUGAAACCUUAAGCUUCCCACUGUUUUACAAAACUAUUUGUAGACUUUGUUAUUAUCCUUUAAUUUUUGUCUAGGAAUAAAGUAUUUAAACUGAAAUAUCGUUUUUUAUUAUUACCUGACUUUCAGAUCAUGGUCUUUAUGUCUGGGGUUCUGAUGCAUUUGGUCAGCUAGGCACUGGAAAACUUGGUGGAUACCUUACAAGACCUACUUUAUGCAAGGUAUGUUGUCAUCUUUGAAAUGUGUACCAAUAGACCCUACAUGUCCCAGCCUUAAUAAAUGGGAGAAACAUAAUUUCUGAGAACAUUAACUGUCAGAUUGCAACUGCUAACUAUUACAGUCUAACCUGAGUUGAACAGCAAUCUGAACCAUAGUCCUGGAAAUUGUCUCCAUUUAUUAGUAUAAACUGACCUCUAUUAAGCUGUCAAGCUUAAUGGUUAUUGCAUGUCCUCACAUCAAGUAAGCAGCCUUUUUGUUGUGUAUGUACAUGUAUCUGGACAUGUUUUGGUCAUCUCGCUCUCAUGACAGCAGCUAGUAAAAUGCAACUGACAACUGAAGCCACCUAGGAUUCUGAAACCUUUCUUGCUAAUAAUAGAACAGCUCUUAACAUUAAUACAUGUCCACCAUUUACUUUGAUAGAGUUGCAGGCAUGUAUGCUUGCAAAAAUCUUCUCAAACAUAAAUCCUAAUAAAAUUGUUACUUAUCUGAUAAGGAAAGGUUUCUGAUAGGUCUUCUUUCCUGAAUGAAUGAUUCCUCCACUGUACUAAUUCAAAAACAUUUGAGGAGUUACAGUGGUUAAGGUUCAAGUUACCACAUAAUAGCAUCCAAACAAGACCAAGCUAUCUUAAGAAAUCAGUUGGCCAUUCCCCAGGGCUUAAGUGACUGCUUUUAUCAUACAGGACUGGUUUCAUUGUAAUAAUUUUUAUAUUAUUAGUGGUAGUCGAAAUAUUUGUUCAUUAUUUUGUUUCCCAUCAGUAGGAAUUUACUGAGUAUCAACAAGUUAUCAGUGUUGCAGCUGGACUUAGACACUCCAUAGUUGCUUUAGGUAAGAUAGAUGUUAAAAGUUGUAAAUACCUUUGUCUAGAGUUCGGGAUAACUAUUUGAGCUACUGUGUACUUGUCAACAGGGUGCAAAGAAAGUCAGUUUUACAGCCUGCCAUUCAAGCAAACUGUAGCUACAACCCCGGACAAAACUGUUGAGACAAUUCCAUCUAUUUUCUAACUUUUGCACCCUACUCCUGUCUCCUCUAAACAGAAAAAGUGAGUUCCCUCCCCACCCCCUAUUCAAAGUUGUCUUGGUCUAAAAACCAACUUGUAUAGUUGCCAUGCUAUCCUAAACAACUUUGGAUAAGGGGAGGGGGGGGGGGGAAAUCGGGNCUUGUAUAGUUGCCAUGCUAUCCUAAACAACUUUGGAAAAGGGGGGGGGGGGGGGGAAAUCGGGCAUUCAUUUGGUGGAGGUUUCAGUUUUUCCAGGAUGAUAGAAAAAUAGGCAUUUUCGCAAUUUGUCUCAACAGGUUUUUUCCGGGGUUGUAGCUUGUACUUUUUGCCUAGAGUCAUUUUAACUAGACAGAAAAAAAAUUUUGAUGAUCAGAACUGAUUACAGCCCUUCUGUACUUUGAAUUCUCCCCAAAACUUUAAUGCUUACCCAUCGGGUUAAUUAAGAACAGAAUUCACUAGCCUGAUAGCAAAAAUCAAUAGCCCCAUGCUACACUAUCUGGCACUGGUCUCCAUACAUGCUGGUUAACAUUUUUUAAUAAUUAUUGUUAGUUCUUUGUUUUAAAUGAUUUUUUUUAAUAAUAUUUUUAUAUGAAAGUGCUGUCCUCCUGUUUCAUAAUGAAUAGCUAAAUGCUUUGAAGAUUAAAGUUGUGAAUAGAAGUUUUGCUGUCAUUGCCAAAAUUAUUGGGAAUCUGCUAAGGUUUCACAAUCAGUCAUUGAAAAUAUUCGCAUUGACCCACCCAAUUGAUAAUUUAUUAUAAUAAAUUGGAAAAACUCCUUUAUAAGAAAUUUCAUAUAUUUCUCAACUUUGUGCAAGUCGAAGUAUAUGUUGACGUACAUCUACAUGUUAAACAUUUUCUAUAAUCAGUUAUCGUUUCUAUUAAAGAUGUUGAUUGAUGAUCAUUAAAUUUAUUAUUAUCAAUGAUCAGCUUAUACCACUAUUGUAUAACAAAAUACUUCAUGUUAAGGAUGAAACAAACCUUUUUGGAUUAUUUAGCAAUCAAUGCAAAAAACCUGUUUUGUUUUUCAAAGCUGAUGGAUCUGUGUGGUGUUGGGGAGCCAACAAGAAAGGACAGCUAGGCUUUGGCAAAACAAGCAGAAACAGUGUGACUCCUUUGCAAGGUUUAAAAAGAAUUUACGUCUGUAGCAGAAUUAUUUACCUUAUGAUACAAGUAAAGUAAGGUCCAUGGUUUCAAAAGCUAGAACUAUGUAUGAUAUUGACAGUAUAUGUUGUUGGUAAGAAUUAAUCUUUUGUCAUGUUUAACCACUGAGUUUUCAUCCUAGUUUAAUUCAGAAUUCCCCUUGUUUUCUAGCCCUAAUUAUUCACAGGAGAUAAAGGAAAUUUUGGUUAAACGUGAGAACAGAUUUUACUCACAACAUAUUUGUCACCACAAAUUCUAUACUGUUACCGUUCAAAUAAUCCCCCCUUUUAGCAUUGUUGCAUGGUACUAUUUAUUCCUAGAGAUUUUGCGAAAAGAAAUUUGAAUUUUGGGGAAUUUCUCUUUGUAUACUAUUAGACAUGAGAGGGUUCAUAGGACCUUGCAGGUGACUUACAAGUUUAUGACAUAGCAAACGUUUCUAAUAUAGGUUUUUCUAUCAUAAACAGUCAGUAUUCCAGAUUGCUGUCAGAAGUUUGUACAGGUAGUUGCUGGAUCUCAUCAUUCCGCAGCAUUAACAGCCUCAGGAGAGGUCUUUUGCUGGGGUUCAAAUCAACAUGGACAGUGUGGAAGGCCUCCAGAACACUGUGUUCAGAGUUUUGCCAAUCCACAGCUGAUAAGAGGAGCAAUUUCGGACAAACAUAUCACUCAGCUGAAAUCUGGGUGGAGUCACCUUCUGGCCAUCACAGGUUUAAUAAUUAGUACUUUAUUUAUUUAAACAGAUUAUCACAUUUACAAUACUAUGUAAAAAAACAUUUGCAAUAGACAUUCACUAACAAGCAAUAACCUAGAACUAAACUGAAUAAUGUUGAAUUAUAACAGUGAAAAAGAAGUUAAAACAGUUCAACAAGGUAAAUUAAGUUAUAUUAAGUUAACUUUAAAUUAAUUUUGUUGUUUUGUCUGUACAGAAUCAUUAAUAAACUGUACUACCUAUUUAAGGUGGUUCCCCUGAAAUAGAACCUGCCCUGAGAUUUUUGUCAAAAUUUACAUAUUGGUUUGUUAUGUUAUAGAAACUUUAAUUUUGAAUUAAAAUUGGGGGAAGUGAGGAGGGGGCUGGGGUCCCAUGAUCGUUUAGCAGCAGCAGCAGCAGCAGCAGCAGCAGCAGCAGCAGCAGCAGCAGCAGCAGCAAUGUGUAUAAAUUACACACCUUAGUUUCUCAAAAUAUCAAUAUGGUUAUUUCCAUUGAAUACAUGCCUUAAACACAUUUCCAACGAUUGUUUCUUUUUCUGCACUGGGUAUUGCUCUAUAUUUAUUCUAGAGAUAAAAGAUAGGUCACCAUACUCACUGAAGAGAAAAUAAGGGGGAACUGUAGCCUUAAGGCAAAAGCUGUGUUUGCUAAUCACGUGUAAAAAUACUAAAGUUACGGCCAAAAAUGGCUGCUGGAUUAAUAUUCGUUUUUUUAAAUCGAAAUUAGCGUGACACAUAAAUACAACAAAUUACAUCUUCAGAAGAUCAGAUAGAAAUUUCCUGGAAACAUAAUGAUAAAUUAAUUUAGUUGUGUUAUGUUAUUUUGUUUUUGCAGAGGAUGGUCAGAUCUUUUCAUGGGGUCGUGCAGACUAUGGUCAGUUAGGUGUAGGUGAUGAUGUGGUACAGCAGGGAUUCUGUAGUGAACCAACACAAGUUUUGCUAGUCAGUGGUGCUAAACAGGUAGAAUCAUCAUUCAGUUCAUUGAAACAAAGUCUCCACCUUUAACAUAGUCUGCUACAAUACUGACGGGUUAAUUUCAGAGAAAAGAGAGGUUUCUUUUGGUCAUAUUUUUGAAGUUUGUUCCUGCCCAACUGUAUUCAGAUCCUGAAGGUUAACCAUCUCACCAGAGCUUAUCUUUGGUUCCAUAGCAUGAAGGGCGAUUAUUUUAUACACCUAGCUGGUACAGUGAGAUUUAAGCGUCUUGCCAGGACGCUAAUUAAGACUGCUCUAUCUGGUGGUGUCUGGGGUCCUGGCCGAUAUUUCGUUUACAAGACCAACCUUCCUCAGCGACUGGAGAAACAGCUGAUAAAUCUUUAAACUUAACUCACUAUUUUGGUUAGGAACAGUCUGCCGUUAAUACUGUAAUGUCAACCUAGUAACCUAAUCCGGGCCUAUCCAGGCCUUCAAGAGAUCCUGCACCACUCUUCAGUCGGUGGCUUGCUCACAAGUCGUGCUACGAAAGUGAAGCAAAUAAGGAGCCGCGAAAAAUGUUUGUUGUGGUAAUUUUGCAUCUCUAACGAUUGUAAAGGAAGACCCUGUUAUUUUACAUGUGCCAUUUGCAGAGAGUAUAAAACAAACACAUUGUUUCGGGCAUUGGAAGAACUAACUUUGUAACACACAAUACUUGUUUUUCAGUCUAAUCUUUGUUUAAUCUACCUCUUUUUCGUUCUUUCUUUAGGUUGUCUGUGGGGCUGAACACAACAUGGUUUUGUUGGGUUUGUUAUUUUCUCUCUUCGGUUAACAUUUAAUUGACUGUGUCACAGCUUCCCUGUUCAUUUUGUUUCUAAAGCCAGUUACGCGUCUUUACUCGUUAUGAAACUUGAGAAAUUACUUGUAAAUGCCAGGCAAGAUCACAGUUUUGUCAAACAAAUAUGUUUCCCAAGAUUAUAUCAAACGUUACAAACUACAAAAAUGAACUUGAAAACUGUUAGGCUAACAAGGUUUCAAAACCCACAAUUGGAAUCCGUUUCAAUCUUCUUCAAGUUUGUCCAUCCGUGGCUCCAUUUUUAUUAGCCUGCGUAGCAAGCGUUUCUGUGCGGUUUAGAGCAAAAAACGCGGAACAAGAGACAAAGACCGCGCUAAAAAUGGCGCAAGUAAACGAGCGGGGAGGGGGUGGGGGAGAAAGGAAGGAAACCCCUUGGUUUUGAAAAUAGCCUACUUGGCCUGUCAUGUCUGAGUUCACGCACCGACAUUUGACAUUUGUUUCCUUCCUUGCCCUUCCCCUCCCCCCUCUUUCAUUUUUUGGUACUCGUUUAAAUUCUCGCGCGAUCAAAAUCGAAAAUCCCCUUCCACGAUCUCUUUUUGCACCGAAACCAAACGGAAACGCUUGCUACGCAGGCUACAUUUGUAUUUGUUGUGUCAUUUAUACCUUACUCUAACUUUUUGAGCAGUUUAAUGUUUCACUCAGUUUGGUGUCAAUUUCCACUGUUUGAAUUUUGAUAAAGCAAUACAACAACAACAGUUACUCUGAAGUUAUGAAUAUAUGAAAAUCAUGUAUGAGAACUGCGGAGUGAAGAGUUAUAUGAAAGAAGAUCAUUGAAGUAAUAGACGCAACUUUUGCAGUUGCGAAAAGAAAGCCUGAAAAAAAAUUCAGGGUUGUACGGGAUUCGAAGCCUUGACCUCUGCGAUGUCGGUGCAGCGCUCUACCAAUUGAGCUAACAAGCUUGGCUUGUUGUUGCUUCCGUCUUUCGGACGGAAAUUGAUAUGUAGCUUUCUCUUUUUAUCUUAGGUUGUGGUUCUGUCAUGACUUGGGGCUGGAAUGAACACGGAAUCUGUGGCACUGGGGAUGAAAUUAAUAUCCACUUACCAGGCGUGGUGGCCAAGCUUCAAGGUUCUCGUGUGAGUGUGAUUGGAUGUGGUGGAGGACACAGUUUUGCUGUUGUCAGCAGGUGA